GCAGUGGUUUCAUGUGUGGCAUCACCCACUUGCUACAAUCUUCGGCUGCGAUGGCAGUGGGUGGCCGGCCCUGUUCCGCAAAUCACAGUUGAAGUGGAAAAUCUAGAAAUUGUGAAAUACAGUGAAGGAAACCGCUUGUUCCUAUCGUCCUUACGUCGGAGUGGUACUUACAUAUUCAGCUGCAUUGCACAGUGUCACUGCGACAGUGAGCAAUUUACAGUAGUGCAUCAUCAGCGUAUCAAUCUCGAACCUAGCAAGGAUUCGUUGGAGGAUCAUUGGUUCUCGCAGACUAAGCAUGAAGAUGAGCGAAUGGAAUCAGAUAAAGAGAAAUUUGAAAGAGUUCGGUCCUCGAUGGAGUCACCAGAAAAAUCUACUAAACCAUGGGUGAGAGAGAUAACGUCGAUGUCUGUUGAUGAAUUUAGUCGCCAAAAAUCAGGGCAAGCAGAAGUCUCGGAGAAAGCUGUGGCUGAACACGCGGCGACAAGAGUUACCUCUGGAGCACCAGAGAGCGAAACACGCUGUCUUGCUUUUCGGUUAAUAAAACAAAGUGUUUUGGAUAAUUAUCAUCGAUACACAUUUUGUCGCAUGAAGGAUCAGUCAAUGGGGGUCGUCUUCUCACGAGGUAAGUCUCAUCAGCAUGGUGAACUGCGUCUUUCUCCGAGGCAGCACCACCGGACCGUUCCACCAAGCAUCGAUGAACGGUUAUGGUAUGAAACACUCAAGCUGCCUUACCGUACCAAUCUUUAUCUCCGUGACGCAGUAGUGGGUUCCGACCGUGAAGUACUGUCACAACAGCAGCGUAAAUAUACGUCUGAGGUAGAUAAACUACACCUUCUAGAGAGACGGAAUUGGUGGAUGUCCUCGGCAUCAUUACGUGAAAUGUCCCGAAUCAAGAAUCAAAUUUCACUAAUACAACUGGAUCAUCAAGAAGUGCAAAGAGUAUGGACAGAUAAAGAGACCAAUCUUUUUCACGUUCGUCAAGGGCUACCCACCCAAAGACGACGAGUGUUAUCACGAGUCUUACCAAUUGAUGAGAGGCCAGUGAGUACCGAUUCGAUGAUGUUUCCACCGUUUGGCAUUAGACCAUCUUUCUUCGGAUCUGGUGGAAGCUCCAAACACAUGGAGGAUAGUCGAACUACAAGAGAGAGAGAAAGGCGACGGUAUAUGUCACCGAAACGGGAUCAUCCAAAUGUGAAUCGGCGGACAAGGUUGGUAACGCGGUUGCAGCCGACUUGGACUCGGACCCCGUUGGACAGACGUGACUAUAUUGGUGGGAUACAUCCAUCUGAAACGAUGUCAGAUGCAGACUUGGCGGUUGGGAGAAAUUUGAACCAACCAUUGAGUUGGGCUAAACAGGAGAAAGAGCGGAAACAUUUUCUAGGUAUAAUACCUGGGUCCACUGAAGUCAAUGUUACUCAUAAAAGGGGAACCAAACAUUCAUCGUCACGCCUUCCAUCACGCAUAACGAAUGACACCGCAGGAAGGACGGUACUCAACCACCACCUGGUUGGCUUGCCACAAUGGUCGUUCAUUAUUGGCUUAGACCAAUCCGGUGGCUUCCAGUCACAGCUGGACACCCGGGAAAGGAAGUCUGACCAUGACCCUACACAAACAUGGUAUAAUAUGUACGCACAUGAAGGGGAAGUGGAUGAAUCCCUAACCUUUUGGUGGCAGCAAGAAGGCCACUCAAAGGCUAAGGAUCGUAAGACUACUCUUCGUCGUGCACUAUUGCACCCCGAUGAAUGGAGCAUAAACCACGUCCACGAUCAAGCUGUUACAUGGACACAAUUCCUGCGUAGUCUACGUGAGUAUGUGAACAGAAAACCACCAUUAUUGGGAAAACAUGGUACAUACCAGGAGAGCAAAGACCCCCGAACGUCAUAUGAGGUCACACUGCAACCAGAUUUCGUGCGACUGCCGGACAGCGUAACCGCCGUAUGUCCAAUCAUGCCAACAGUGGUAAGAGCCGAUUACCAACUGAUUGGUGUGAAAUGGUAUCGGUAUCCCACACUGAAUUCCAUACGGGAACUCAUCAUGAGCGUCUCCUUAAGAAGUCGGUUCCUAAGUGGGGGUAAAAGUAAACUAAGUAGGACAAAACGAUUUCUUGUCUAUCCCCCAUCCAAAUGGCCAGAUUCGUAUACUCUAGAUCUGCCAGAUAUUCAGUCACGCGACUACGGCUAUUACGGAUGUGCGAGUCAGUACCGACAUGCGAUUUCCGGUAGGCCAGAUGUGGAAGUGGUCAAGCUCAGUCCCAAACCUCUGUGCAUCGUUCCCCCACCAGUAAACCCAGUUUUAAGAAUUGCCGAAGUGACUGGUGAUUCGGCACGAUACAUCCCUUCUGUCGGCCGGCUAUUGAUGAAUUCAAGUGAGCAUCAGCUGGGUGUCAGAUCUAGGAUGGAACAUACGGGUCGCGAAAAGUGCUUCCAACCAGGGGAUCAUAUUAUUGUUCAAUGUGCGAUGAACCCGUACCAUUUGUUUUGUGAAGCCGAAGACGAAUUGUUAUCCGGUUUACGAUUAGUGGACACAAUUAUGAACGGCAGUAUACAUUUACAAUCCGUAAUUCCGUCCUCAGUAUUGUCCAGCCUCAAAAAAGCGGAGUAUACAGGGCUUUCAGAAGAGUGGAUGUUACGCCUGGAAGAGAAGCAUGCAAAUGCCAUUUUAACUUGCGAUUCAAAACCGAAGCUUCGCAUACCGUUAGCCG